AUGGAGAAGGAGGGCUAUGAUUUACGGAAGCAGAGUGUAGUGAUGGUUUGGCCUUUGACGCCACCAAACGAAAAACGGGAGCACUCGCUCCCGAUAGCCCUCGCAGAUCCGCCUGCCCUGGGCAUCCUGGUUGUCACUCAGCGAGAUCGCAUCGAACGUACCCUUGUCGAGGAUCACGUCCCAACCGUCGGCCUCCGAGGCGGUCAAGACGUCCGAGAUGUCCCACUCCUGGAAGCUCAUGCGAGCCACCUCAUCCUUGUCGCGGCUCGAGGCGAUCUGGUUUGCCAGCGCUACGGACUGGGGGCUGUAGUCGACGCCGAGCAUGCGUCCCGUCCAUGGGCCCGGGGGUUUUUCUUGUGCUUGAUUAUCGCCGUCGCUUUCAUCGUCGUCGUUGUCUUCGUCGUCGCCUACUUCCCGGAGAGAGAAGAGCAGCGAUCCGUUGCCGCAGCCCAGAUCGAGGAAGGUGGUGUCGGAGCGGGACAGGUCGGACCGCGCGGAGAGGAACUCGAGGAUCUUGGCCUCGGCGUCGGAGUCGUCGAACCAGACGGUGCCGAUGUCGCUGGGGUUCGAGGAGUUGUUGGCCAGCUCGUUCGUGUAGAGCUUGUUCCAGCUGCAGUUUUGCGCACAGAGAGUCUUGUAGAGGUUUUCGACUACUGCGCUGCCGUCUAUCGACUCUAUCCAUCACCAAAGAAUCAUGCAAGCGGUGAGAGCUUAACGAGGGGCAUGCAGAUGAUUCUCCACUCGGCCCUAUCAGACUCCCAAGUACCAUUGCCCACGGUUCAGGGCCCUUCCCAAGUGGAAGCUCUCCACUAUCGUAUCCUUCAUGUUGGUGUUGAUGUUGCUGGGUCCGAGUCCCUCGCCGAGGCGGAAGACACUCUCAAUGACGCUGAGCUCGGUUGCGGUGGUGUCGAGACCAGUGACGGCGAGCCAGUCAUUGACGACCAUGCCGGCGCCGACGACAUUGCUGCCGCGCUCGUCCUGAUCUUGGAUGCUGGUCUUGGGGUGGACCAGUCCGCCCUGGUUCGAGAGGCUCAUGUAACUGCCGACCAAGACGUUAUCAGCUACCGUUUGACGGAAAACCUCGACGCCCAAAACAUCGGCGAUGAUCUCUUCAGUCUCGCGCUCCAGAUCCGGGUGGAUCAAGGCUAUGUGGUCGUUCGCAACAAUGACGUUGCCAAGUGCUGA